CUUAAAAUCAUGGACAAAACAUCAAUUUCUACACUUUUGCUGAAUUACUGGCUAUCGAUCAAUUUAUCUUAUGUUACCUUUUUCAAUUGCUGGAGCUCAGAAGGUUUUAUUUAUUUCUCAAGAUUCUUGGAUCAUUCGUUAUCCAACAUAAUUUCAGACAAUCAUCAAAUCUUGAGAAGAUUCUCCAAUUCUUCAACGUUUGUCGAAAUUGUGAAUCUAAAUGAUAGUUCCUUCAACCCACUUCUAGAAGCUAAUAGAAUCGAUGACCGUUCGCGUGUAAAGAUCGGAUUAGCUCUGGAGUUUGGCUGCCUCAACAGCGUUGAUUUUCUGCUAAAAUGUUCCGCCAAGCAGUGCUUCUCGACAUCGAUUCAGUGGUUCCUGUUCAGUUUGAGCGAUCCAGAUGAGAUAUUCCAGCAUUUGUCCAAGGCUGAUUUGUACAUCGACGCGGAAGUUAAGGUCCUAGCCGACGGCGGUCUAUACGACGUCUACAACAACGGACGACCUCUAGGAGGAGCAUUGAAUGUCACUCUUGACCGAAUAGUUGAGCAUGGAACACUGGGACAGAGCCGACACUCCGGAAAGCCCAAGUACGAACACCGAAGGAACAUGUCCGACAUUACGAUGCGUGUCGGAACGGUGACGCAGAUCUACCCCAACCUGAACGAUUCGAUGGACAAGAUCAUGGAACAUCUGGAGUCGGAUCGCUGGAGACACCUGGACCAUGCCGUCCGGAUGGGAUUCCGACUGUCCAAGGCGCUGCACGUAACUUCCGGAUUUCAGGUUAAGUACGUUCACUACGAUCGCUGGACGUUCAACGAUUCCACGGGAGGGAUUCUGGGCGGUCUCAUCGAUCGCGAAAUCGACUAUUCCGUAACGGGUUUGAUGACCAAGAUCAAACGAAUGGAACAUCUGACCUCCGUUGCGAGCUACAUGACCUUCGAGUUGAUGUUCAUCUUCAAAACCCCGGAAAGUUCUAACCUCAUGAACAGUGCGUUCAUACGACCUUUCAGCCCGAGCGUUUGGAUCAGCGUGGUGUUGAUAGUUCUUUUGGGAAGUUUCGUCUUCAAGUUCAACUACAUGGUUGAGUUCAAGAUGCUGAACAUGCGCGAGGGCAUCGAAAGUCCGUCCUGGUACGGAUUGCUGGUAGAAUCUCUGGGUAACUUCUGUCAGCAAGGGUCGAGCUUCAAACCAAAAUCGUUCUCCGGCAAGGUCGUCCAGAUAUCCGUACUGAUGUGCUCGGUCAUGGUGUACAACUACUACACGUCGGCCAUUGUGUCCACCUUGAUCGGAACCCCCAAAAAGUCCGACAUUAAAACGCUGGUUCAGCUCGCAAACAGUCAUUUGGAGUUGGGCAUUGAGGACGUCACCUACGAAAAGGCGUUCUUCUUUGAAUCCCACCUGCCGGACGUGGACUACCUGCGCAGCAAGAAGAUCACCGACAGUACCUUCAUCGACUCGGCAACAGGACUGCAGCGCAUCCGCAGGGGAAACUUUGCGUACAACUGCGAGCGCAACGUGGCCUACAACCUGAUCCGGGACACGUUCGACUUUACCGAGGUGUGCGACCUAAACGAGGUGGAGAGUAUGCCGACCCAGUUCGUGGACCACGUCGUCCGAAAGGAUUCCCACUUUCGGGAGCUGUUUUCUCUAAGAUACGCCCGAAUGCGCGAAGUUGGCAUCGUGAAAAAGUUUGCCGAAUUUUGGAUCGCCAAAAAGCCGGAAUGCUUCUCGGGCAGCAUCGUGUCCAGUGUGACCAUCACCGGGGCGUUGCCGAUAUUUCUACUGUUGGGCUUUGGGCUAACUUUGGCAACGCUGCUGUUUGGGUUUGAGCUGGGAGUUGGCGUUCUGGUUGGAAAGUUGGGCGAAAAGCAGGACGUGAUAAGCUUGAAUGAAAAUGUUGGAGAGUUUACCACGGAGAAGAAAAUUAAUUAAAUUAAAUUUUAUAAGUU